AAGAAGCGGCGCCGUGGAGAUGGCGGCAACCCGGCGUGAGGGGCGUUCCCAGAUAACUGGGGCGCAAGAUGGCGCUACCCGUAACGCGUGUGCUGCGUCGUUGGGGACCUGAAUGGUGGGGGGCCACGGCCGCCGCCACACGGAGAGCUAUCAGUUUCAAGCUAGAAGAAAAGACGGCUCAUACCAGCCUAGCACUCUUCAGGGGGGAGACCGGUGUGAAGUAUGGCAUGGUAGGGCUGGAGCCCACCAAAGUGGCCCUCAACGUGGAACGCUUUCAGGAGUGGGCUGUGGUGCUGGGUGACACAGCGGUCACCCAGGGUCGGCACUAUUGGGAAGUAACAGUCAAGAAAUCUCAGCAUUUCCGAAUAGGUGUGGCUGAUGUAGAUAUACCUCGGGAUUCCUGCAUUGGUGUGGAUGGUCAUUCCUGGGUGUUCACCUACGCUCACCGAAAGUGGCAUGCCAUGUUGGUCAACGAGAGUGCCCCCAUAACAGGCAUUGGCCAGCCUGAGAAAGUGGGGCUGCUGCUGGACUAUGAAGCACAGAGACUGAGCCUGGUGGAUACAAACAGGACUACGGUGGUGUACUCCUUAAGGACAGAGUUCCAAGGCCCAGUGGUGCCUGCCUUUGCCCUUUGGGAUGGAGAGCUGCUGACCCACUCAGGGCUUGAUGUGCCUAAAGGAAUCUAACAAGGCUUAACUAGAGCCUUUCCCUGAAGCCCCUUUCUCAUGUCCAGCCCAGUUCAUUCUAGUUCUCACACUUAGUCAGCCAACAAUGUCGGGCACUUGUGCAAUACUUUAAAUCCAUCUGCUGUUCUAUUCCUUAUAAGGAGACAGCUCUCAGUUCUGCUGGACACAUAUAGAUAGUAGCCUGAUUUUGGUGGGGACCAGUUUGGUUAGAGAGAAUAACAUCUGGGUCUCCCAUUGAGCCACUUGCCAGUCUUAGAUUUUAUCUGUUCUGAAAGUUUGCCCUUGCAGCUCUGCUUUAAUUUCAUUACUAUAAUUCUACUUGAGAUGUAAACCAAGGUGACUCCCAUUUUGUUCAUAUUUGAAUGCUACUAGUUCUGUGUUUUAUGGCUUUACCAAAUUUCUGCAGAAUGAGCCCUUUACGUGUGGCUAGAGGAAUGGCAAAGUUGUCAAUAUAUCAUUACCCCUUUGUCUGUGGAGUACAUGGAGUCUGGACUUUUAACUCAUUCACACAAGUGCUUUAUUGACUCAGUAUGCUGGAGCCUGAGAGCAUGGCCCUGACCCCAACAACUUCAUAACCAUAUAACUUGUUAGCUCCACAUAGCUGCAACUGUUCCAUCUGUGAGUCUUUCUGCCUGUUCACAUUCCUACAUCUAAUCAAUCAGUUAAAAUUGUGGCAGACAAUGAAGAAAACGGGGUUAGCUAGAUUAUUGGUCGUGGGAAUUGGCAUUCUUGGGGGUACUAUAUUUACAAACAUUUCCCUCCUUUAGGGAUUUUGAAAAGGAGUUGGUGGGCAGGAAGUCUCACCUAACAUGUUUGGCAGAGACUUGGAAAUUUUCAGCUUUAAACUCAAACGCUAAAACAAAUAGUAUUCUUUGGGUCAUAGACUCAUUAUCCCCUGCACCCUAAUUAUAAGAGUGUGAUUUUUGCCUUUUCCCUAGAAAUGAAAAUCUAUAUAAAGUAAGAUUUGAAAUAUAUAUAUUGGCUAAUACCGUAUAAAUAUACAUUCUGUACAUUGUCUAGCCUCUCCUACUGUAGUAAUGGUGGCUAAACACCCUUCAUCAAAGGAGAAAGGGAGAGGGCUGGGUUUAACAAAAAUAUUGAUUUGUGUAAUUAAAAUUUUAUUUGAUCACAAAA